GCCUGAAAAGAUUAAAGAAAAAAUGUCCAAGCAAGAAAGAGAUAGAGGUUAUGAUCCUUCUGAACCAUCGACCAGUAGUGGACAUCGCAGGCCGAAACCGUAUGAGAGAAGCUUUUCAGAGCCGGAGCAUUAUAGGAAAGGAAUAGUAAAAAGCGCCCACUAUGACGAUUAUGCAGUUCCAUCUACGUCCAAACAAGAGCCGUUGGAAGAUGUAUCAAUUAAAGGUGAGGUUCAAGUAAAAACCGAAGUUAAAAUGGAAAUUGAAGAUGAAGUGAAAAGUGAAGGGUCUGAAUCGACUCAGACGACAUGUUCUCGACGUAAAAUGGAACCUGUUUUUGUCAGUAGACCCAGUACCUUAGUCUCUAAAAAAGGUAAAUCUGGUAGACCAAUAAUGCUCCGUUCAAAUCACUUCAGACUACCUACAGUACCUAAUUGGUGUCUAUACAAAUAUAGGGUUGAUUUUGAACCCGAUGAAAGUCGUACAUUUAUUCGCAAAGGCAUGCUUAAGUUGCAUAAAGAAAAAAUCGGUCCAUAUAUCUUCGAUGGUACUACCCUGUUCUCAAGUACACGUUUACCAGAUAAAAUCGAGCUGACGUCAGUAAGGCAAUCCGAUCAAACACCCUUUAAAAUAAUUAUCUAUUUAGUCGGGAGAAUGGUGCCUGAGGAUCCACAUUAUAUAAUUAUUUUUAACAUAAUAAUGAGAAAAUGUUUGGAACAUUUAAGAUUACAAUUGGUGGGCCGCGACUAUUAUGAUGCCCAUAAUAAAUUUAGUGUACAUCAAUUUCGAUUGGAAUUGUGGCCCGGCUAUAUUACAUCCAUUAGACAACACGAACGUGACAUUUUAUUAAACGCUGAAAUAACUCAUAAAGUAAUGCGUCAAGAAACAUUAUAUCAUGUAUUAAUGGAUUGCUACAGACGUAGUGAUAAUUAUAGGACAGAAUUCUGUAAUAAUGUAAUUGGUGUUAUGGUACUUACGGACUAUAAUAAUCAUACUUAUCGGAUUGAAGACGUAGACUUCGAAACGAGUCCUUCUUCGACAUUUCCGAUGAAAGAUGGACACCGUAUAUCUUACCAGGAGUAUUAUAGAACUAAAUAUAAAAUAGAAAUUUCAAGUGCCUCGCAACCAAUGCUAGUAACAAGAACCAAACCGAGACAACGAAACGCCGGGCAAGGAGAUCUAGUUUAUUUGGUUCCUGAAUUGUGCCGUGCUACAGGUUUAACUGACAGCAUGAGAGACAAUUUUCACUUGAUGAAAGCGUUAGCAGUACAUACCUGCAUUUCGCCUAACUCCCGUAUAGAUAAACUUAAGCGGUUUAAUGAUAGACUCCGCCAGGAACCAAAAGUCUUACAAGAAUUCAAAGAUUGGAAUAUGUCAUUAGAUAAGAAUUUGCUAGAAUUUCCUGGUCGUCUAUUAAACUCAGAAAGACUUUUAUUUGGUGAUAACAAACAUAUAAGCAGUGCAACUGGAGAUUGGACUAGAGACAUGCAAAAAGCACGUUUGUUGAUAUCUAAGGAGUUGAGAAAUUGGAUAAUAUUUGUGGCUGACCGAGACGUUCACUCCGUAAAUAAUUUUCUAACAACGCUGCAGUCUGUGUCAUAUGGAAUAUCAUUCAGAGUUGAUAAACCACGAAUACAGCCUAUACAUGAUGAUAAGGCAGGCACGUAUGCUGAAAAUCUUGAGUACGUUCUUAGUAAAAGUACUCCAGAUUUAAUAUUCUGCGUAGUGAGCAAUAAUCGCAGUGAUCGUUAUGCAGCUAUUAAGAAAAAAUGUUGCCUAGAUAGACCUGUGCCGUCACAAGUUUUUUUACAAAAAAAUUUGUAUGGUAAAAAUACUCGAACUAUUGCUACAAAGGUAGCAAUACAAAUGAACUGUAAAUUAGGCGGAGCACCUUGGACUAUCGAGAACCCAUUGAAAGGAUUAAUGGUCAUAGGGUUCGACAUAUGCCACGACGCUAAUACUAAGGGCAAAGAUUUUCUGGCUAUGGUGGCAACUGUGGAUCAAUCGCUGACACGAUAUUUUAGCUCUAUUGCUUUAUUUCAUAGCAAUGAAGAUCUCGGUGACCAACUUUGCGCAAGUGUAAGGAAAGCUAUCAUGACUUAUAAAGAAAGAAAUAAGGCUUUUCCUGUACAUCUUGUAAUUUAUCGAGAUGGUGUUAGUGAUGGUCAAAUCAAACAAGUUUACGAAAAUGAGGUGCAAAAACUAGAAAAGGCGCUUGAGAAGUUGUAUUAUGGUCCGAAUUUUAAGCUGAUCUUUAUUAUUGUAACUAAAAGAAUUAACGUUCGACUAUUUGAUUCGAACAGUCGUUUUGGUAAUCCACAGACCGGAACAAUAGUAGAUGAUGUAAUCACCAAUCCGCUAAGGUACGAUUUUUUUAUUGUGUCGCAACAGGUUAGGCAAGGUACAGUUUCACCCACUUCGUAUAAUGUGAUUUUUGAUAAUACCGGAUUAGAAGCAGAAAUAAUUCAAGUUGUUACAUAUAAGCUGACCCACAUGUACUAUAAUUGUUCAACUACUGUUAGAGUACCAGCGCCCUGCCAUUAUGCGCAUAAAUUAUCGUUCUUAGUGGGACGAUUUCUACAUCAACCCCCAAAUUCACAGUUGGAGAGACAGCUAUUUUUCUUGUAACAAGAAAACUGUUUUUUCCCCUUAUAUUCAGUAUAGAUAUAUGUACAUAUAUAUUUAUAUGUUGUAAUCACGUUUUGCAGUAAAAAAAU